AUGCAUGAACUCGACGCCGGCACUCGAUCGUUCGCAGGACAAUUGGGAUUCAUUGAAUUCUCAACGGAAUACCGACUUCCAAGACACGUCCACAUCGCUCCGCACGAGGAAGUCUCAAACUCGAGACGGUUUAUUUGUGAGAGGAUCGUGGUCUUGGAGGGUGUUGCUCUUGUCGAACUCAACGGCGAGAAGUACGUAAUUCCGCCCAAGACGCUGGUCUCGAUUGCUCCUGGGGUUCCGCACACCUGGACCGCUUGCCCUCCUGGAGUCACGGUGGGAGAGGGCGAUGGGAGUCUGAUUUCACAGGAGGCGUUUCUGAUGUUGUAUGAGUAUGAGGAUGCAACGGGAUUUUUCCCUACUAGGCAGACGAGGACGCUGGAAAGGAUCGAGGAGUAUGAGCGAUGUGACGGCUUGGAGAGUAUUAGAUUUCCCAAGUUGUCGGCGAGCGAUGUUCGGGAUCAGUGUUGGGUUGUUUGGAACACGGAGAUGACGAGGAAGAAAUACAAGUGA